AAAUAGGGACAAAGGCGCUGCCAUGUUAUCGAUGCUACAGGAGGCGACGGCGGGGAAGGCGCGGCCGCUGCCGGUCUGGAGGAACGUGCGAUCUGAAACUUUCAGCCCGUUUGUCAGCUGCAGCCGUCUUCGACAAGUUCAAAAUAUCCUGAAUUACAGCAGCAAGCCAAAAUCUGAUGGAAUUCUCUGCAUUCUGGGUAUUGAUAGCAGAUAUAAUGAGGGGUGUAGAGAAUUGGCAAACUAUCUGCUUUUUGACCUUUACAACCUGACAAACAUCGAUUCUGAUGUGUCUGAUUUGCCGGAAGAAGUUCUCGAUGAUGUAAUUCUGUUAAUCAAGCCAGAAAGUGUUCAUGUGUACUGCAACCCUAUAAAUUAUAACUAUCUCCUGCCUUAUGUAGCGUACUGGAGAAAUCUACGCUUGCACUGUUUGACAGAAAAAGAAUAUGAAGAUGAAGAGGCGGCAGAGGAGUUUAAAAUUACCAGCUUUGUGGAUAUGGUGCGAGAUUGUUAUCGCAUUAGAGUUCCUUACAGCUUUCAGGGCCAUGUUCAGAAGUUUGACAUGUUCAUUGUUGAGAAGUGGCCCAUUGUACAAGCAUUUGCUCUGGAAGGAAUUGGAGGAGGGGAAUUUUUUACAAUGAAACAUGAGUUGUUUGAUGCUAGCGAGGAACUAUGGCAAACCUAUAACAAAUUGGAUCCUGUCUCUCUGGAAGUCUUGAUUACUGAGGAUUUGAUGGCAUUUGACAGACAGUGGGCAAGCUUCUUUUCCAACUUUGACAUUGAGGGUUCUUCCUCAAUCCUGGAACUUUCUGAGGCACAGGCUGGAGAGCCACUUGCCUCCACAUAUACUUCAUAUAGCUGGAAGAGCAGACAAAUGGGCUGCAAGCUGCUGCACGGCUUUCAACACCAGUGCUCUUCCACGGAUCAACUAAUGGGAGGCAUGAUGCCUUUUCGAACUUACUUCAGCCAUGGGUUGAUAACCAGUCAAAUAACAGAGAAAAGCACUGAUCGGCAGCCUUUUGUUCUUUUUGGUUGUCACUCAACAAAAGAAAACUUAAACUCAUACAGCUUUACUUUUCCAUCUGAGGGUCACCUUGUUAAAAACACAAACAACAGAGGAGGCACAGCUAGACAUAUGGUUGUGCAGUGUACAUCCCCCAGAGGACCUUUGGCAUGCUCACGGACAUAUUUUUUUGGAAAUUCUCACGUACCUUACAUGGGCAAAGACAACAAUCAGCAGAAAAAGAAUGAAUUGUUGGUGUUGCCACAGAUUUAUGUUGCUGUAGUAGAAGCAGUGCUGGCUAGCAUCCGAUGCUACGUAGAAACUUCCAGCAUAAAAAUUGCCAAAGAAGUUGCUGAAGAGGUUUUCCUUUCAACUUUGGAUUAUUACAGUCUUAUGCAGUACAAAACUGUCCUAAGAUCUAAUUUGUCCUUCCUUAUCCAAGCUGUGAACAAUCAAGGGAGGAUCAUCUCGUUGGAAAGCCACAUAAGCAAAUUCCUUAUUAAAACAGCAUCCAUGAUUGUCUAUGACAUUCCAGAUUUAACAGGAGGAAAAGGGACUCUGGGGUCCAUAGUGUUCUCUGAAUCAUUCCUAGAAUCAAAGCUGUUUCUCAAAGAAAAUGAUGGCACUGUGUCUACAGAUAUCAGCUACAUGAUUCUCACAGCAACUGUGCCUCGAUAUGUCUCCUGGAUGGUUGAAGAUGCUGAGGUGAAACUUUCUGAAGAAGCACAGCAAAUAGUAAAGGCAGAAGAAAGUUUUUUUGGAACUUUGCUUACAAGCGGAGACUCCGCUUAUCUUUGUUCUGGCAGUUCAGUAGCCAGACCAGAAGAAGGUAAACUCUUUAUUUUGUCGGAAGGCAUCUUAUUUAUUCAUCCGCGCUCUGGCAGCAUGACAAUUCCAAAGAACCAUAUGGCUGCACUGAAAUAUUAUGAUGGGAAUUCCCCAGGUGUUGUUGCUGUCCUUAUCAUUGAAUACAAGAAAUCGUUGCUUCCGCAUCUGCCCAUUCAUUUACACACCGCGUCGAAUUGCCUGAUGUUUGCACUUAUGCCAAGAUCAAAAAUCUAUAAAUCCUUUUACUCUCAGGUGAUGUCUCCAUGGCAGCAGGCGGGAGAGUCAGGGAUUACACUAAAAAUGUGUCAGAAUAAUCAGUUAUCUGAAGAGCAGAGAAAGCUACACUUGAACCUGGAAAAGCUCUUUGAGGUCCAGUCUAUACCUCGAGAUGAACAAUGGGACCGUUUAAAAAGAGUCAGUGCUAACCUACCAGAUUUUGACAUGUUUUUACAGCAUUUUGCUGUGAGUAGUGUGAGCCAUGAACCAGUGAGAAGGUGUGAUCUGUCCAUAUUACUGCAGCCUAAGCUAUCCUCCUCAAUCAGUGAACACCAGAACAAGAUGGUGAUCACUAUUAUUGCAGGUCUACCUGGUAGUUAUAAAGAAGAUCUUUGUACCUAUAUUGUCAAUCUGAAUCAAGAACAUGCAAGGUGGUCAGUUUACCGUCAGAUGCCAGAUAACUGUGAGCCAUUCAAUGUUGGGCAAAUCCAUCGUUAUCUUUCAAGUGUUCUUGAAGCAUGGCGGAAUAGGACUGUUCGUCAAUCUGUGUACUCAAGAAAGAAAGUGAGGCUACUGAUUGUUACACCAGGAUACACAGAUGUUAUUGAUGUUGUGCAGGCUAUCCAGAUGCAUCCAGACGCUGAAGUUCAGUCUGCGUUCGUCAUUGGCGCUAUCACUGCCUGUGUUGACCCACAGUGCUCGACUAUGGAACACAGGUUAUUUUUCCCCAAACUUUUGGAUCAGUGCUCUCAAGGCUUGGUCAGUAAUGUUGUUUUUACAAGCUUGACUUCUGAGCAAAGACAUCCGCUUCUGGUGCAUUUACAGAAGUUGAUCCGUGUAGCAAAUCCCAGCAUUGCAUUCAUUCUUGCAGAAAAGGGAGCAGUGACCAGGAAUGCUGAUGUUGAAAUGAUUCUGUCUGAAAGUAGUUUUUCAGAGCCCUUGAUGUUGAGAGCACGCUAUUUGAUGUUUCCUGGCUGGUGGAAUGGCAAAUUCAGAUCAGGAUCCAUUUUCCCACAAAUGACUCAGAUCUGCAUUAGGUUUAACCGUCCACUUGAAAAGGCCCGAUUUGCGACAAAGUGCAAAGCUUUGAGAACCACACUGAAGUCAUUUCCUUUCACUGGAAAUAUAUAUCACGUUCGAGCACAACUGAAAUUUGCAGAUUCUGAAAAAAUGUUUGAAAUCUGCCACAACACUCAGACUAAUAUGUUCUGCAUGGCACCCUUACAAGAUGGCCCUUCUCCUCCUCCUCUACAAGGUGAUGGGAGGACCAGUGGGAAAAAGCUUGACAGUUUUGUCGUUUUCAUCGGCUGCAUGCUGAAAGAGGAGACCAUGAAGGACUGGCUGCGACAGUGUGCAAGCCAGAAACAGCAGAAGAAACCUCUCAAGACAUUUGAGACCCUCACCAAACAAGAAAUAAAAAAUGUCCAUGUGAAACGCCACUUGGAGCUACCUCCGCCUGGUUGGUUUUACAAUGGAAACCAGUUUGUUAACUUCUUCGGAGAAAAGAGUGACUAUCACCCAUUGAUGGACACUUUCAUUGAAGAAUAUCUAUCGGAAGUGAACAAGGAGAUUGAGAAGUACAACACAGAAAUUGAAAAGCAAGUGUGUCAAGAUCUCUUUGAGCCAUAAAUUUAAAGAUCCAUUAAGUGUGAUAUGUUUUUGUAUUAGACUGGGAGAACAAAUUCCAGAUAACGAACAAAUUGCCUGAAGCUGAAUUGGAGCCAGUUAAAAUCAGAACUUUUUUUGUUAUGCAUCAAGGUAUGUUUCACUAAGUGACUUUAAACAAAACAAGUGAAAAACCUGUGGGAAUUUGCAAGUGUUGAUAGCUAUAUUGAAUGCAACAGAUGGAAUUCUAAAAAUUUCCCACUAGCUGACCAUCGUCAUCUAAGUCUGUAUUAGGAUAGUUACAUAAGAUGAACCUUUUUUGCUGACAGGAUCUGAAUCAAUGUUCACUUUUAUUUAGAAAGACAAAAUUAACAUGAUAAAAUACAAAGCUUGACACUUUAUAAAUCUUCCAGGGCCCUGGAUUAGAUAUAGUCUGUCCCAGAAGUAAUUGAAGUUAUACUACUUGCUGUUUAAGAAAGGACACAGCAUAAAUGACUUCAAGCUGGAAUAUUAAGCAAAUAUACCUGCUCAAAUUCACUACAGAGGAACACUCAUUACACAUUGGAAAUCAACACACAUCUUGUACUUUUGUUUUAAAAGCUGCUAAUUCCACCAAACCAAUGACAAUCUAGAUUUAGUCAAUGUAUCUUGUGUAACAAGAUUCAUUCUGUCUGGAGGUCCUGGAGUUUUUAUUUUUUUAAAUGCUUUCUUUCUACAAUUAGAGCAAUGGAUUAUUUACUUCAUACUGUAGAGAUGCAAGUUGAGAUUUGUACAAAUAUUCCAUGGAAUUGGUCUAUGCAAUCUUGGUAUUAAGAUCCUUUACCAUAAAUUUAGUUUACAAAAGUAUUAGCAAAGUUUUAAGUAGGUAUGCAGCUAUGGUGUCUGAUUGUUACACAUUCGAUUAAUCACUUGUGUGUUUGUGGUUAUGUGUUUAGAUUCACUUCUGGUACUGAGUACAAAUCCUAAACCACAGAUAACAGAUCUGUGUGCAGUAAUGUAGUUACAUAAAGAUGGUACAUUGGCCUGGCUUGUUAAAUUAAAUUUCUGUGUGAAUUUAAUUUUAAAAAGGAUCUCCCACACAAGCAUACAGUAUUGCAUGUAUGUCUGUGCUUCUUUAAUUUCCCCUGCCUUUCCAUCCCUAUUGCCAUCUCAAGUCCAUCUUCAGCUCCUGGCCAAAAUUAUUUGGCCUUUAGAGAAAUGAAUAAGAAGUUGUAGAAAGAGGUUUGCCUUAUAUGUAAGUAAUGAUUGCCAGAUUUUUAAUGCUGAAUCAGGACAGACUUACUCUUGUAAGUAUUCUUGUGACAUCUGUUAGCCUUUUUUUAUGCAUGACUCUAAAUUGUCCCUAACUAUUGAGAUGCCUGCAAAUUAGAAAAGUAAAAGAUAACUGAGAUGUUCUUUUAAAUGGUAAUUUUCCUGUACGUAACAUUUUUAUUUAUGCUGCAUUAAUCUGAGGCAGUGAAAGUGAGAAUACAAUAGAUCCUGUUGUGUAUCUUCCGUAUACAGAAAAAAAUAAAGUACAGUUUUAGAAAAAUCAGGUACUGCUAAUCAGCUGGCUUGGUGGAAUAACAACUUUUGCAAAGUAAACUGAAACAUGUGUUCCUAUCCUAUUCCCUGUGAACAAAUAUUAAUGAUAUGGAGAGUAGAAUUGACAACCUCUGUAAUGAAAUAUGAUGUGUUCAGGUUAAUUUGUUUAUUGGUUCUGCAUUCUCAUUACUUUUGGAAAAAAUGUGAAGAACAAACUUUUUUUUUUGCUGCACUUUGUACUUUGUGGCCUAUAUAAGUGGGUUACACAAUUCCCGUGUAUCAUGUUGGCUCCCACAGUUUGAGCAUUCCUUAAAAUAAGUCCGAGUCUACUCUAGACGAAACUUGUAGUACUGCUGUGCAACACAUCAGAUAAUGCACUUGAGGACUAAAGUUAUUUAGCAGGUAAAUAGUAUUAACCACAUUGUUCAGCGUGCUUCUGUUUCUGCAACAAUGGUUUUAUUCAUCUAGGACUUGGCUCAACUGUACUCUUCUACGUUUUGAUUAGAAAAACACAAGAAGACUGAGCCCCAUGUUUUUGUGUCCCAAAUCAAACAGCUGUCUUCUAUUACUAGAAAAUAAGAUGAUACAUAUAAAUGGUUUUUAAAAAGCAAUGCCAGCUUUGUGAAGUAGUUAUGGAUAGCUGUUGAAAUAACGUAGGAGCAAAACCAUAAAAAGUGCUGUGGCAUUACAGUACUCAGCUAAGGAAUAGUUAAAUGUACUUGCAUUUUAAGGUUAAGCAGGGGCCCAAGAAUUAUAAAGACAAAAACCUAUGUAUUUGAACAGCAAGUUUUCCUUGUUCUGUAAUAUUUAACCAUGCAAGGAACUAUGCAUUUCUCCAUUUGGAUAUAAAAAGAAGGAUAUGGUUUUCUUGAACACCCUUUGGGUGUUGUUCUUGGGCUCUUGUACCACUUAGUUAUGCAUGUGACUUGCCUUUAUGCAUGAAGAACAGCUUAUGGUAUGCAAGGCUAAAUUAACCAGUAGAUACAUUAUAGGGGAACGGCUGUUGGUGAAUCCUAAUGCUGCCAUUUACUUUGACAUACCAGAGGUGUGUACCUAAAAUGCACAGACUGGGUCACCAGUCACCAAAUAUCAUUGAUUUUCUUCCAGAGUGAAAGCUUUUAAACUUUACCAUCGUGAAUGUGAUAAAGUAAAGUCAGGUUUUGAUAAAACCAAACUAAAUGGUUCUUUAAAUAUUCUGUUCAUUCAAGAGAAUGAAGUUCCAAGCAUUUGACAAGCUUUAUAGUGACGAUUUGGGGUUUGCAACUAGCAACUUGAUUCUAAAAUUCAGUAAUCUGCUACCCUGAAAUUUACAACUGACUCCCUUUAUUCCAGAAGAUAGGCUUGAAAAACUUCCUUCACAUGUUAAGUUGCAUUGCGGUACAGCAUUCUAAGGAUAGUGGUCAUAUUCUAAUGUGGAUGAAAUUUUCCAUUUCAAUGCACAAAAAGCAAAUUUUGUUCCACUUAUCUCUGGACGAGGGUAAAUUUUAACCGAUCAGGAUGGUAACACUGAUCACCAAUACUUGCAGUCAACACUUCAGGUACUUGUAAUGUUUUGCUGUAGGGAUGAUAAAGAAAACUUUAAGCUUUGUCACUAUUUGCAGCGGUGUAACUGAAUUUAAACAAAUGGAAAACUAAAUGAAAGGAGCAUUUUUUGACAACUUUGCAAGUCUAAUGAGUAAAUGGCAGUUUAAGCACAUUUAGCUGACAAAGCAAUUAAUGUCUAUAUUUGCGAGAAGUAGAAAACUAUAUAGAAACGCUUUGAAGCCUUCCUCUAAAAAUAGUUUUUACAGCUAUGCUGUGUAAUAUCCUGGUAGGGUUGAGUAUUUGUUUACCAGUAUAACGUCAUAACUAAUGUUAAGACGCUGGGACGGCAAAGAAGUAGCUUUUGUGUGUCCCAACGUAGAGUUUUGAUGGGCGACAUGAACUUUUUAAAAAUAAAUUUAUAUCUGAAAUAGAAACAACAGUGCCUAAAUAUUUUAAAAGCUUUGUAAUGUUUUCUAGCUGAAGCUGUAUUAAGACUCAGCAGUGAGCCACUCUAAAGCUAACUGCUAAACCUUGAUUUGGGGUGAACUUGCAUUAAUUGACGCAAGUAAAUUAUCAUCCUGCACUGUAAUAAAGUCUCUUUUUAAGAUACAAUGCUGUAAUAUAUAAUUAAAACUAAACUCGGGCCCACCCAAGAUAGUUUAGGUUCAUAUAUAAAGAAAUGUGUUGUAAUAUUACAUGGUAUUGCAAAUGUCGUCCAUCAUAAACUAUGAAUAAGCUAAGCUGCUUUGAUAUCACUAAAAUGGAGUUAAUUAUUUUAGGCUACAUUAAAAUGUUAGUUUAACAUCAGUGACUUCUGUGAUUAUAGAGGCAGAAAUAGAGACACUAUAUGAUGUGGCCAGCCAUUCUCUUUGUAUAGCACAUUAAAAAAAAAGAUUGAUUUGAAAUUGGUCCAAUGUGGCAUCCAGAUGGCCUUAGCCCUUUCACCACAUUUAAUUCGCUGCCAAUGGGAGCAGCAAAGAUUAUAUCAGUCUUAUUGAUAAUAAUUUGGGCUGUUACUGAUUUUUGGCAGCUGUUUUGCUGCUAUAUUACUCUGGAUGAAACAAAAAUGAAAAAAGUAGAGAAUAUUAUGCAAGGCAUUAUUUCUUGCACUACUGAAAGUGCAAGUUAUUUUGUUGUAAGCUACAUAGCUGGUGGCUUAUUAAUUCAUUAAUUGCAAAGGAAUCUAGAGUGUAAAUCACUUUUAGCUUUUGUUAAAAAGCAACAAGCUGUGUAUGUUCUGUCAGGUCAAUAAUAUGAGCAGAAUAGGGUACAGUGACAUAUUUGUAAGUUCAACCCAGAAUAUGAGAGGCCCAUAUUUCUAAGUGACUUGUAUGAUUGCCUUCAUUCAUGCCAAAAUGCCGGCAUUUGUAUGGUAUAAAUCAUAGUGAUGGAUUAUUUAAAAUCCCACUUAAACCCAUUUAAGAAUGAAAGGACUUUGUUUAUUAAAGUUUGGAAAUAGAAAGACAAGGGUAUUGACAAAUGUUUUGGUAUAAUACAAUGGUUUUACUAAGCACAAUGACAACCAAAGUAAAAAUUUUGGUCCACACAUAUCUUGGGUAAUGAUACUACUGUAGUCUCUAUGAGGUUAUUUGGUGUUUGGCAUUUAACUGGAUUGGGAUAUAAAAGAUAUUUGAGCUUAAAGACAACACUAUUGAAAGAAUUGUAUUCUUCAGUUAAAUGCUAAGGCAGUCGCUUACAUUAAAAUGCUUUGGGUUUCUGGGCCUCCUGUUAAUUUUGACCUUUUGAGCAUUCUAUUAAAAAUGGUGUUGGUGAAAGGGAUUUAGUAUCAAAGUAACAGGAGUUACAAAGCAAAGUCUGAAUGCUAGGCAGGGGUUUUGAUGUUAAACUAUUAGCAAGCCUUAACAAAGUGUGCUUGCUUCGUUAUUGUUGGGAGAGUGUCUUGUACUGGUCGCUGAAGUUAUGGAAUGUACAUUCUUUGGAAGGGAACACAGCAGCUUGAAUUAACUUACAUUCCCUUGUCUACUUGACUCAAGGGUUAAUUUAAGUUAUAGUUUGUGUUCCCAUUUGGAAUUCUAACAGUAUUUGCACUUAAGAAUUCAGUUUAAAAAUUGGUAUUCAGAAAAAAGGGAACAGUUUUAUUUGUUUGAUAACAAUGACUUUACUGUGAUUUCCUACAACUUAUGAUGUAAUUUUAAACGUCAGAUCAUUAGCAAAAUAAUUUACCUCAUAACAUAAAUUGAAAGCUAUAACAUAAACUUUUAGACAAUUACUUGCUGAAUUUUGCAAGCAAAUUUCUUCAUAUAAAUGAAGAGUGAAUUCAGGAAUUUAUUUGUUUGACUUGAAAGCGUGCCAAAUUUGUCAUUUUGAUACUAACUUUAACCACUUUAGCUUGUGUUUUUUUUGGGGGGGAAGAAUAUCUUUAAAUUAAAAAGGUUGAAUUGUAUUUGCACAAAACUACUGUAACUUCAGUUAAACUGGUUUUGCGUGUGACUGAAGCUUUUUUGCAUCUCUUGUAUUUAUUACACUGCAAAAGAUAUAAUUAAUCCAACAAAUUGUAUAGAAUAAUUAUUAGUUUUUCCAUUUAUUUUUGUAUUUGUUGGCACAUUUUUACUUGUAGUUGUGUGAUGUUUUGCAAUUUUUACACGUAAUUUUCAGCAAUUGCGUUUCGAUUCAACUUUCAAUAAAGUUUAUAUGUUUCACCAA